AUGCCGCGCCAUGCAGGGCCAACGGGUCAGAGCCUUGAGGGAGGAGGUGCUCUUGUAAAGAAAGAUCAGGCUGUUGAGUGUGGGGAGGGAGCAGCAGCAGCAGCAACAGCAGCAGCAGCUGCUGCUGCUGCUGUUGCGGCUUCUGCUGCAGAAGCUGAUGCUGCUGUUGCUGCAUUAGGCCCAUCAGAGGCGUCUACAGCAGCUGCGUCGAUCCCCUGCAGCAACAACAGCAGCAGCUGCUGCAGCCCCACACCCGAUGACGCUGCAUGCACCAGAGCAACCUCUCCUUAUACCCCGCAGCAGCAGCAGCAGCAGCAGCAGCAGCAAGACAUGCAGCAGCAGCAACACGGGGCCUCGCAGGAGCAGCAGGAACAGCACCAGGGUGAGCAACAGCAGCAGCAGCAGCAGCAGCAGCAAGACGAGCAGCAGCAUGACGCGCAGCAGCAGCAGCAGCAAGAACAACAAGAGCAGCAGCAACAAGAGGAAGUAGACGAACAACCAGAUCAGCAGGAGCAAGGGCUGCAGCAACAGCAGGACCAUCCGCAGCAGCAGCAGCAGCAAGAGCAGCAACAGCAAGACCAGCAGCAACAUGGGCAGCAGCAGCAGCAGCAGGCUCAGGAACAACAACAGCAGGACCAGCAGCAACAGCAGGAAGAACAGCAACAGCAGGACCAGCAGCAACAGCUAGAGCAGCAGCAGCAGCAGCAGCAGCAGCAGCAGCAGCAGGAACUUCGGAAGCGGAAGUCUGCUGUCAUUGGCGGCCCUGUGCAGAAGAGGCCUCAGUGGGGAUCGUGCGAUCCCCCGCAUGACUACACAAGGCCAAGUGCAGCAGCAGCAGCAGCAGCAGGUGCAGCAGCAGCAGCCGCAGCAGGUGCAGCAGCAGCAGCACCAGAGGAGCCAACUGUCGUUGUGCUGGACGCAGCAAGCCCGCACCCUGAUGCUGCAGCAGCAGAUGUUUCUCUUCCGGCUCCUCCCCCCGCUGUUGCUGCUGUUGCUGCUGCAGCAAACCCCACACUUGUGGCAGCUGGGCUGCUGCACCCGAACGGCAGCUCAGCAGCAGCAGCAGCAGGAGCAGCAGGAGAGAUUACCCAGGCUUGCUGCUCCUGGGCGGUUGCUAGAGUGCAUGCAGCAGCAGCAGCAGCGCUUGCUGCUGCUGCUGCUGCACCGGCCAGUGCUACAGAACCUGGAAGAGCAGAUGCUGCUGCUGCUGCAGCAAACCCUGCCGCCUAUCCUCCGAGCAGCAGCAGCAACAGCACCAGCAACUGCUGCUGCAGCACCGUAUGUCCUGAGGCACCGCGGGUCAGGGCCUGCAGCAGCUGCAUGCAGCGGCAGGAGAUUAGCAGCAGACUGCCAGUCUCGCUGCUGCUGCUGCAGAUGCAAUCCUACUUCGUUGACCUCCUGAGGUACCUAAGAGACACUGCAGCAGCAGCAGCAGCAGCAGCAGCAGCAGCAGCAGGGACAGACGCAGAGAAGGCACAGCAAGCAGCCAGAGCAGCGGAAACAAACUACGCUCAUCACCUUCAAGUUAUCUUAGGAAGCUCCUGUGCUGGACUGCAGCAGCAGCAGCAGCAGCAGCAACUCCCCCACAUGGGCUCUAAGCAGUCCGUAGGGAAGGAAGCAGCAGCAGGAGCAGCAGAAGAAGCAGCAGCAGCAGAAACAGCACCUGCAUGCGCAGCAGUGAAAGCUGAACCGAUAGCCCAGGCAGCAGCAGCAGCAGCACAAGCUGCAGCAGCACCAGAAGCAGCAGAAGCAGACCUCCAAAGGGCUUCUGCUGCUUCCCCAGAGAAGGAUUCUGCUGCUGCUUCGCCGCUUCCCAGCAGCCAUGCAUGCAGCUGCCCAGAGUCAGCCGUGCAGCAGCAGCAACAGCAGCAGCAGCAGCAGCAGCAGGCUCCGUGUCAGGAAAAUGAAAAUGUAAAUACACCUGAGGAAGGCGAAACUGCCUUCGAGACACCUGAAGAAACAGCAGCAGCAGCAGCAGCAGCAGCAACCCAACCAGCAGGGGUCUUGCAGCAGCAGCAGCAGCAGCAGCAGCAAAUGCAAAUGCUUGUUGAUCAAAUAUCCGCAAAUGGAAUCCCGCAGGGUGAAGCAGCAGCAGCAGCAGCAACAGCAGCAGCAGCAGCAACAGCAACAGCUGCAGCUGGAGAAACGCCCCAGCCGGCAGCACCGAGCCCAGAUGCGUCCGCUGCCUCCCUCAUCCGCAGCAGCAGCAGCAGCAGCAGCAGCAGGAAGUGUGGGGGUUCUGCUUGGUCUGAAGUCGCAGCUAAGCUUCAAUGCCCUGAGCUUGUAGGGUUGCCUGAGGCCCUGUCUCCUUAUGUUUGUAUAUUUGCUGCUCUGCUGCUGCAAGGACCCACUGCAGCAGCAGCAGCAGCAGCAGCAAUUGCAGCAGACACAACUGAGAAGUUGACUCUGCUGCGGCAGCAGCAGCAGCAGGAAAGCCAACAGCAAGAAGCGCACCUGCUGCUGCAGCUGCAGCAGGCACAUAACGAAUUCCUUGUGCUGCAGCAGCAGCAGCAGCAGCUGCAGCAGCUUAAAGACAAACUUGCGAUGUACGAGGCCCCCCGAGGUUCGCUGACUUUCGAGGGGCCCCUCAGCAGCAGCAGCAGCAGCAGCAGCAGCAGCAGCAGCAAGGACCCCCAUGCGGCUACGCCAAAGUGCAGCCACACAUUUUCUCUACCAACCCAAGAAGAAACAGCAGCAGCAGCGGCAGCAGCAGCAGCAGCAACAGCAGCAGCAGCAGCAGCAGCAGCCCCUGCAGAGUCUCCAGAAGGGAUCGCAGCAAACGGAUCGGCAGAGCAGCAGCAGCAGCAGCAGCAGCAGCGUCCUGUAGAGGGUGAAGAUGGGAGCGCUGCAGGCGGCAGAGGAGACAGCUGUGGUGACGGGGACUCUGUCUUCCUUCCUGCUGCAGCAGCUGCUGCUGCUGCUGGUGCUUCAGGAGAGGCCCCUUCUGCUGCAGCGCAGCAGCAAAGCGGUUCACGGCCACAAGUGUCUCCCGAUGCUCUUGAUCAGCAGCAGCAGCAGCAGCAGGAACAACAGCAGCAGCAGCAGCAGCCAGGAGGCGUCCUUGCGGAUGCAACAGAUUUCUGUGUUGAUGCAGCAGGGGCUCUUCUAGAUGAUUUCGAGGUGUCUCCACACUGCUGCCACUGCGGCAGCAUGGGCUGCUGCAGCAGCAGAGCAGCAGCAGCAGCAGCAGCAGCAGAGCAGCAGCAAGGGGGCCCCUCUGCUGCUCCUUCAGCCCCCCCUCCUCUCCACGACGCUGCUGCUGACUGGGGCUCCCAGUGGGGAUUGCGGCGCUGCAGCAGAAGGACCCGUGCAGUGCAGCAGAGCAGGGCCCUCCGAGCAGCAGCAGCAGAAGCAGCAGCAGCAGCAGCGGAAGAUGAAGGAGGCGUCGGGUCUGACGGUAGCACAGAUUCAGGCGCUGGGGGCAUGCGCAGCAGAAGCAGCAGACAGCAGCAGCAGCAGCAACAGCGAGCCAAAGGGUUUUAUCAAGGCAGCCCUGCAGCAGCAACAGGAGCAGCAGCAGGACCAGGAACAGCAGCAGCAGCAGCUGCUGCUGCGUCAUACUGCGGAAUAAAGAAGAGACAAGAUGGAGGGAAUGCAGCAGGAGGGGCCUCCCUGGGGCUUCUCAGCAGCAAACAACGAAGAGAGCAGCAGCAGCACCUGGCGCCUCCUUCAGUUGUUAGGAGCGCUUCUGCUGUUGCUGCUGCAGUUGCUGCUGCUGCUGCUGCUGCAGCAGCGGGCGUGCCCAGCUGCUGCAGCAACUCAGCAGCAGCAGCAAACAGCUUUGCUGCAGCAGAUAAGGCAGCACGCUCAAAGAGACUCGGCAACACGAGACCUCGAGCUGGGGGCCCCUCUCCUGCAUACUAUGACGAGGCAGAGGGCCCUGGUUCUUCAAGGAAGCGUGCAGCAGCAGCAGCAGCAGCAGCAGCAGCUGGCGCAGGCGAGGGCCUAGGGGCCCCCACCGGGGAGUCGGGGGGCCCCUCUUUAUUUCACUUUGGUGCUGCAGCAACACCUGUCUCCUUGAGCAGCAACGAAGCUGCAGUAGGAUCAGCUGAAGGCACUCUGAUGUCUCUGGGGGCCCCUGGCAGCUUAGAGGGGCCUUGUAGGCAGCAGCAGCAGCAGCAGCAGCAGCAGCAGCAGCAGCAGCCUUCUCCUGUGGAGGAGAGUUCUCGUUCUUUAGGUGCCUUUGAUGUCCCUGGAGCUGCGGAAGGGGGCCCCCUAGGGGGCCCCCUUCCAGGGUGUGCAUCUCCAAAAGACCCGUGCUGCAGCAGCAGCAGCUGCAGCAGCAACAGCAGCAGCAGCAGCAGCAGCAGCAGUUGCAGCAGCAGCGUGAGCAGCAUUAGCAGCUGUGGAGUUCCCUCUGCACGUAUCGGUUCGAUGUGUAUAUCAUCUUGCAAGGAAAUUGCUGCUUCUCCUCCCAGCAGCAGCAGCAGCAGCAGCAGCAGCAGCAGCAGCAGUAGCAGUAGCAACAUCAGCAGCAACAACAGCAACAGCAACAACAAUAACAACAACAACAGCAGCAGCAGCAGUGCAUGCAUGCGGGUGUCUCCUAGUGUUGAAGGAGGCCUAUCUAAUGAGGAGUGGGGAGAAGAGACAAGGCCGAUGAAAGGCGUAUAUUUUGACAAGACGCAGAAGAGCUGGAUAGGGUCUUUCUAUGAAGAAAGGAGACAGAUAAAAAAGAGGUUUAAGGUUGCUACAUACGGCUAUCAUACAGCUAAAGCCUUAGCUAUUAAUGUACGCUUAACGUUUGAACGAAAGACGAGGCAAAAGGAUGAAAGCAGAAGAGAGACACAUCCUGCAACCCAAGCAGAGAGACUCCUAGCAGGUGCAACAGAAGCAGCACUAGCAGCAGGAGAAGCAGGGGUUGACUCAAAUAAAGAAGCUCAGCUGCGUCUGCUGCUCCGCAGCGCAGCAAGCGGCUCUACUGCGCAGCUGCCACGCAGCGAGCUGCUGCAGCAGGUGCUGCGUAGACAGCCCAAGGCAUAUGAAGACAAGAAACAAUAUGCUCGUUCAUUUGCUCCUGCUGCAACAAAUAAUACUCCCGUUCCUGCUGCUGCUCCUACUGCUGCUGCUGCUGCUGCUGCUGCUGCAGGCAACCCCACACAUCAUACGUUCCCCAUCCUUACACCCAAAGCGACAUACGAACCCAGUUCAGCAGCAGCAGCAGCAGCAGCAGGGAGUGCUGCCAAUGCUGCAGCAACUUCACUCUCUCAGCAAACACACCGCUGGCCAUCUACAGCAGCAGCAGCUGCUGCUGCUGCUGCGGCUGCAGCAGCAGCAGCAGUCAAAACCGAACCCUCAACGGCUCUCCUUAGUCAUGAGAAGCAUCAACAACUCCUCCGGCAGAGAGCACGCAGCAGCAGCAGCAGCAGAAGCAGCAGCAGCGGUAUAGAUGACUCCAAGGCAUCGGAGGCAGCAGCAGCUGCUGCUGCUGCAGCUGCGGCGGCUGCUGCUGCACCUUGCUCGGCUGUUGCUGCUGCAGAAUUUGCUGCUGCUGUUGCUGCGCUGCGCUGCAGCCUAGCAGCUCAAGAUGACUCUGCUGCUUCUAGAGGUGCAGCAGCAGCAGCUGCUGCUGCUACUCUGCGCCAGCAGCUGCAGCAGCAAGAGCAGCAGGGCGUGCAGGACCGCUCCGUUUGCUCCCCACCUCCCUCAGCAACAGCAGCAACAGCAGCAGCAGCAGCAGCAGCAGCAGCAGGGGGGAGCGAUGCAAGAGAUAAUAUUGGAGGGGUAGAGGAAGACUUAGACAAAGCCCUCGGAGCAGCAAUAAGAGAGACGAGAGACAACUCUUCACUUGUUGCGCAGGCAUUAGAUGUCUCUUCAGCUUCUCUAGCCUUCUUUCAUUCAGCUGCUGCGCUGCACCACAAACAGCAGCAGCAGCAACAGCAGCAGCAGCAGCAGCAGCAGCAGUUGCAGCUGCUGCGGUCGCCAAUGGCAGGAGCAAUGGCAGCAGCGUGCAGCAGCAGCAGCAAAACAAAGCAGCAGGAGAUGCGGCAGUUGGGGGCUUCUUCUGAUCUCUUAGUCCCUCCUGCUGCUGCUGCUGCUGCUGCACCAGCAAGCCCAGCGGAUUCUCCUUCCUCUACUGCAGCAACGCCACCCCACAGCACUGCUGCUGCUGCUGCUGCUGCUGCUAACGGUGCGCCACCCCACACAGGUUGCGGGGAAGGAGCCGAAGAGAGGCAGCAGCUGCUUGCAGCAGCAGAAGAGGCAUUGAGGAGCAGCAACUGGCUGCAGCAGCAGGAAGCCCCUGCUGCUGCUGAUGUGUCCAGGCAUGCAGCAGCAGCAGAAGCAGCAGCAGCACGAGAGCCCGAGGCGUUGGCUGCAGCAAGCAGCACAAGCUGUGGAGGAUACGCAAGGGAUUCUGCUGCAGCAGGAAGGGGCCCCCAAGGCAUCUGCUGCAGCAGCAGCAGCACAGCGGAGACGGAAGCAGCAGGAGGCCGCAGCAGCAGAACGAACAUGGGCCUCUUUGGGUCUGCAUGCGUAGAUAGCAGCAGCAGAGACAGCAGCAGCAGCAGACUAAUAACAGACGCAAAGAACUUGCUGCAGUUGCAGCAGCAACUGCAGCAGCAGAUGCAGCAGCAACCGCUUGCUGAGCUGGCAGCAGCAACAGCAGCGCUGCGGCAGGCAGCAACCCUAGGGGACACAACGCAGCUGCAGCAGCAGCUGCUCGAUCAGCUGCAGCAGCUGCAGAGGCAGCAGCAGCAGCAGCAGCAAACUACACUGGCGUUCGGCUGCGAGGCAAAGCAAGCGGACAUCAGCGAAGGCCCCGGACCUGCAGCAGCAGCAGCAGCAGCAGCAGCAGCAGCAGCAGCAGAUGAAGGGGAGAAGCAUGGGGGCUCAAGCUGCACUGUGGAAGCCCAAGGUCUCACGGCAGGCGAUGUUGCUGCUGAGUUGCAGCAGCGACAGAAGCAGCAGCAGCUGCUGCUGCGGCAGCAGCAACUGCUGCUGCAGCUGCGAGCAGGAAGAGAUGCUAAGCUUGCUGCUGCAGAGGCCCUCAAGUGUCUCCUCUCUGGAGACGCAGCAUUGCUGCAGCCAGUAACACUGCAGCGCCAGGCAGAAGCAGCAGCAGCAGCAACAACAGCAGCAGCAGCGCCAACUGCAACAACAGCAGCGACUGCAGCAGCAGAAGGCAGCAGCACUGGACUUGGGGCAAAUGCCAGCCAGUCCCAGCAGCAGCAACAGCAACAGCAGCAGCACCAACAACAGCAGCAGCAACAGCAGCAGCAGCAGCAGCCUUUGAAACCAUCGGCUGUCUCUCUGCAGCAGGCAGAGGGGCCCAAAUGGAGUGCCCCUGAUUCCUGCGGAGCUUCUGCUGCAGUGCCUUAG